GUUGUACUAAAUACACGCUAUCGAUAUUUAAAAAAAGUUAUUAUUAAAAAUUUUUUCGUUAGUUAUUUUAAAUUUCAGGUAGAUCAAUUUGAAUUUUAAUCAAUAAACGAACGUAGAAAAGAAAAAAAGAAAAAAAAAAAAAAGAAAAAAGAAAUUGAAUAAUAAGUGUCUACAAUAUCGAUGAUUAUGGACGAAGAAGAUGGUCGUGUGUUGCUCUUGGUGUGAAAUUGUUACAAAUUUCUACACGAGUAUCGAUGAAAGGAAAAACGAGAUUUAAGUUACGUGUGAGAAACCAAAUAUGAAUUGACCAAUCGGACAAUUAAUAAUGGGAUGUUUGUAGCGUUUAGCAUUGUACUACGUCACACAAAAAAAAUUACAGUCAAGGAAUCUACUAGAUCAUGUUCACUGGCUGUUUCCUUCUCAAUAUAUUGAAAAGCUUGACUGAAAAUUUACAGUAUAGGAAUUUUAUUGGAUUAUUAUUUUAAUUUAAAGGUUUUUUAAAUAUUAAGUCUGUGUUUGAAGUUUCACAGAAUAGUUUAUUUUAACUUAUAAAGAAGAAAAAAAUGGAUGAAUCUUUUCUGAAUGAUUUGUUAGAAUGUUCAGUAUGCCUUGAACAGUUAGACAGCAGUAGUAAAGUGCUACCCUGUCAGCAUACAUUUUGCAAACGUUGUUUAGAAGAAAUUGUGAAUUCUCAUAAAGAACUCCGUUGUCCAGAAUGCCGAGUGUUAGUUGAAACAAAUGUGGAUGAUUUACCGUGCAAUAUACUUUUAAUAAGGUUGCUGGAAGGAAUAAAAAAUAAUCCUCGCCUUCGAAAUGCAAAUUUUAGUGGUAGUGAAUUACCUAAGAGAAGACAAGAUCUACCUCGAAAUUCUCAAAUUUUACCACCAGUAUUACAUCCGCCAAUAACAAGGCCACUGAUAUCUACUGUAGCUGGAGAAGGAAGAACAAUGCCAAAACAGCCAUUUGAUUUCAAUGCUCAGAGAUUAAAUUUUUUUCAACGAUCCUGUACUAUAAGAGAUCUUUCCUUUAACAAAGGAGAUAUUAUAAUAUUGAAAAAAAGAAUAGAUCAAAAUUGGUACCAAGGAGAAUUAAAUGGUAAAGGAGGUUUUAUGCCAGCAAGUUACAUCCAAGUGAUGGUCCCUCUCCCCCCACAUCUUCCACAGUGCAAAGCACUAUAUGAUUUUUGUAUUACAGACAGUGAAGAAAAAGACUGUCUUUCUUUUUCUAAAGGAGAUAUAAUCACAGUAAUACGAAGAGUGGAUGAUAAUUGGGUUGAAGGUAAACUGGGAGAAAGAAUUGGAAUUUAUCCUAUUUCUUUUGUUGAGAUGAAUGCAUCAGCUAGAGCAUUAAUGAAGUUAUCUUCUAAUGUUCAAGGUGGACCUUCUAAAGUGGCUCCUCCAACUCCAACUACAGAUUCACAAAUUACUCAGCCAACCACAACUGGUAAGUAUACUAAAAUUUACAAACUUUUAAGUGUUCAAGGUGGACCUUCUAAAGUGGCUCCUCCAACUCCAACUACAGAUUCACAAAUUACUCAGCCAACCACAACUGGUUCAAUAACUGUUCCGAUUUCAAAUGAUUCUUUAUCAAGUACUACAACUAGUCCGUCUCCAGCCUCUUCAUCAACCAGUCCAAGUCCAUCGUCAUCGUCAUCUUCGUCGUCAUCAUCAUCAUCAUCAUUUCCUUCUGCCGUUCCAAUUACAACUCAAGUGACUGCAGUGAUAUCAAGUCCACAAUCUACAGUAACCAGUCAUGCAGUAUCUUCUGUAUGCCAUACAUUUGUAAGAGAUACACUCCAACAAACUAAACAAUGUAGAGAAAAGAGACAUUCAUUCAGUGCACUUUCGGUUCCUCAGAGAUCUCCACAAAUGCCUGGAGUUCAUCGCCAUUCUAUGGAAAUUCUCAGUGGUGUAGAUGUCAAUACUCCACCUGUAUCUCUUUCUUCAUUGUUAUCAAACCAGACACCUUGUUCCACAGGAAAUUCAACUACUCCAUCUCCUACUCAAAGAGGCGAAUCAAGUGGAACACAAAUAGUACGCCGUCACAGUAGUAGAAAAGAGAAAGACACUCCACAAGGAAAUAAUGUGGAACAGUGCACAACUGUUGCUAGCAAUAGUGUAACACAAACUACUAGUCAUGCUGCAAUUCCAGUUUUCUACACAGCUCUUUAUAAUUAUAGGCCACAGAAAGAAGAUGAAUUAGAAUUGAAGAAAGGAGAUUUGUAUACUGUCAGUGAAAAAUGUCAAGAUGGUUGGUUUAAAGGAACCUCACUGCGUACAAAAUGUAGUGGUGUCUUUCCUGGAAAUUAUGUACAUGUAACAAAAUCGCCAGUACUUCAACCUCAAUAUCAAGUUACUUCUGUUAGUGGUGUUCGAUCUACAAUUUCUAAGCCUGCAAAUCUUGGACCGCCACAACAGAUAAUGGUGUCGACACCAUCCCAUCCAAAACCAUCUUCUGGCAUCAAUACAGUUCAACUGCAAACAGGACUUAAACAAAUUGUAGGAAUUAAUAAUGUGAGCACUUGCAUCUCGGGUCAUCAGCUAAGCAGUUCUCCCUCUAUUUAUGCUCAUACUAAGUCUGUAAAUACACAGGAUGGGUGGAGUGCAGCUUUAGUGGGUACUUUUGAUUGGUCUGGUUUAUCUGUUCCCAUAUCAUCAACUCAGAAGUCAUCUAGAUCUCAACCUCUUUCAAAUACUUCUUCUCCAAUAAAUCAGCGAUCACAAGCAUCUCCAAAAUUGAAUUCAAAUGUUUGUUCUCAAGGAAGAUUAGUCUCUGAUGGAAAUUGGUCUACUAACUGGCAAAACAUAAAUGUAUCACUUACUUCAGAAGGAGAAUUACAGCCGUCUGUUCUUCCUACAAUGGCAGCAUCAUAUCCAGCUCCGGGAAGUAAUUCAAAAGUUACAACUCAAUCAGUGACAUCAAUAAGCAAUAAUAGUAAUAUUACUCAAUCUUGGCAUGGGGGUCCUUCCUUAAGAAGUGGUUCUAUAUUGUCUACUACCAUAGCACUAACACCUCCCAAUGUAUCUGUUGGAAACACUACUUCAUCCAUUUCUGUUACACCUUCUGGUUCUGGAAUACAAUUUAAAAAUGAGAAACACAAAGAAAGAAAAGAGAAAGAAAAGGUUAGCUUAAUGAAGCGUCUUACAAGCAAACGGAAAUCUAAAUCACCUCCACCAUCAAAUUAUUCUUGUGACAAUCCAUCAUUUGUUGAUAGCAUAGCCACAAAUGAUUCAUUAACUGCCAUUCAUGUCAGGUCAGGGUCAUGUCCCAGUGAAGCUCUCAUAGGUCCAUCAACUAAUCAAAAGAAAGUGGAUAAUGUGUCUGAAAUUUCAAAAUCUUCUAGAUUGCGACAACCUUUACCGUUAGUUAGGGAAAGAUUCCGUUGCAUUGUGCCUUAUCCACCAAAUAGUGAAUAUGAAUUGGAGCUUAAAGUAGGAGACGUAGUUUACGUUCACAAGAAGCGAGAAGACGGAUGGUAUAAAGGCACAUUGCAGCGUACUGGAAAGACUGGAUUGUUCCCAGCAAGUUUCGUGGAGGAGUUUUGACAACUAAGAAUAUCAGUAGCUUGUGAAAAUAAUUAUGAUGGCAAGAAUAGGCAUCACCAUCAUCAUUAACAAUUCACUCAACAACUCUCUAAUUUUGUUUUUAUUCAAAAUAGGAAACAUAUCAUAACUGAAGUAAGGUAACUGAGUCAUCAGAGGUUGUAAAGCUGGAAAUGUCACAAAUUCCAAAGCAUUCCAGCUAUUUUCACGAUUGCAAAAAUGCAAUAUUGAAAGCCCAGCUGAAAAUUAAAGGCAAUGCACUGAAGCACACAAAUAAUUUCAAAAUUUUUUUGUAAGCUAAGUACAUUUUUCAAAGUUUAAAUGCAUUUUUUUUCUAUUAAAUCAUUUAGAUUUUGUUUUGCAGAAUUCCAUGUAAUAUCAUCUCUAAUGAGAAAUAUCUAUGCAUCCAAAUUUGAUUUUAAAAGAUGUAUCUAUCAUAUUUAGCUAUAAAAAAUGCUCGUUUUGGUGUUUUAUUUUAUUAAACACCAUAAUUUUUUCUGUACAGACAAGAUUGGCUCGCUCGAUAUAAAUAAAAUAUUAUAUAAAGGCGAGUAAUGGCUGGUGCCUUGUUGACCAUUGCUAAUAGUCCCCGUGGGACUCGCAGUGCAUGUACAUAAUAAUGUUUGCAGGUUGUGGCUGCUGUAUAAAACAGACACCAUCAUAGAUCAGCUUUACUUUUUAAGGUAUUUGAGAUUAUUAUAAAUCAGUAUUUUAAUGAAUGUAUUAGAUAUGUGAAUAUAUGAUCAAGUGAGUUUAUUCUUAAAAAUUCCAGAUUUGCAGUUAGUCAUUUCAUUCCAAGCGGUAAUCAGAUCGUAGAUUUGAUUACCAUACAUUUUUAAAUCUGGACUGAUUUUUUCAUGAUAUCUCUGUAAAUAUCUCAUCAAUCAAUGUACAAUAUAAAUUAACAAGAAUAUAUUGGUUUUAUUAUUUUACAUUAUUGAAUUUUUUUUUUAUCAAUAAAGAAUAACAUAUAAUGAUUACAAAGUUUAGAUUUUACACAACAUCUAAUUUAAUUGUAUUUUGUUAUAAAUUAUAUAUAUAUAAUGAGCAGAAGUUCUCAAUCAAAUCAUUUAUUUCAUUUUUUGACAAUAAAUAUGCAAAUUGACACUAAACAUUGCAGCUUAUGUCAUUUUAUUUCUUUUUGAUAAUAAUUUAAUUGUUAAUAAUUGCAAGAUUAUUCCUAAUUUUAUUCUGUUCAGUUUUCUGAAUUUUGCCAGAAGUACUUAUUACUUGUAUAUAUCAUUGUGAAAAUAUAAUCUGUUUACUGUAAUCUUAGACUUUCAAAGUAAAUAAUAUAGUUAAAAGUUUAUUUUGUUAUACUUCUUUAUACUGUUUAAUGGACAAGUCAAUUAGUCUAUACACUGAUUUUACAACAGAAAACAAGAAAAACUGCACAUCAUAAGAUAGCAUUAUUAUUUCUGAGUGAUAGGGUUUUCCAUAAACAGAUAAUUAAUAAACGAGAAAACAAUAAUUGAACGUUCCUUGUUAAAAUUAUUGGCUAAGCUUGUAAGCAUUUCUGCUUUUCCAAUUCUUCCCACCUUUAUUUCUGAUAAAUGUAACAAAAAUAAUAUGUCCAGAAUUUAUCAUCCUCCAUUUUAUAUAUUGCCCACACUACCAAUUAUUAAAAAAUGAAGCUAUUGUAUUGGAUUAGUUAAUGCUAGAUUUCUUUAUUUACAAUCUUGUACAAGAUAUUUCUUAUUCUUAGUUUAAUCAGAUAAAAGAUUCUAAGGAAUUUCUAAUUUUUGAUUGAGCAUGAGUAAAAAAUAUCUUCUAUGAGACUGUCAGAAAGUUGUAAGUUUAUUAAUUCCCCCAAUGAAGUUUUUCUAUUGACAUUUCCUUCCUUAUCCAUUUAUUCUAACCAGUCUUACAUUUGUAUAUUGGAUAUGAGAGUCACAUAUAUUUGUUGUGGGGACAUAGAUUUUAACAUAACCAUGUAAGUGAAACGUAUACGUGAUUAGCAAGAAUAUUUAAGUUUCCAAUACACAGUAUAUUCAUAAUGAACGACUGAUCUGCCAUACUUAAAACAAGUCUAAAAUGAUUUAAUAUUGAUAUGUUCAUAUUAGAAGUUUUGAAAUCCAUUUUGUUUAUUUCUUUGGAAUAAUAUUUUGCUUCAAUCAAAAUAAAUUAAGAUUUAUUUAAUUAUAUUUUUAUAUCUAAAAAACAUUUCAUAUUAAUGAUCUAAGGUUAUGUAAAACAGAUUGUAUUUUGCCAUUCAAGGUGCUAUGAUUGAUGUCAACUAUGAUAUAAUUUUUUUAUCCUCUGGAGUGAUGU